AUGAACAACGAUGUGUUGUUGGAGAUACUCUUGCGUCUUCAUGUACAAUCCCUCUUCAGAGUUAGAGCUGUUUGCAAAUUAUGGUGUUACAUCAUUGAUUCUCCACACUUUAUUAAACUGCACACGUUGCGACGUAACGACAACAAAGAUGAGAAGGUAUAUCUACGGUUUACUUUCGAAAUCGAUGAUAGUCAUACACUUGUUAGGAAGAAAGUAUCAAUAAAUUUGCUAGACAACGGGAGGCCGUCAUUAAAGUCGCAUGACUUUCUUCCUCCGCCUACGGACCUAAGAGUGUCCGGGGCGGUUAAGGGUUUAGUCUGCCUAAGUUCUCCUCUAGGUACGUUAGACAUUGCAAUAUGCAAUCCUUUUCUAGGUCAAUUUAAGAUUUUACCACUUUAUGCUUACUUUUUUAGUCACUACCAUAACACUCAUGGACGGUUGUUAUGUUGUGACUACUUUGUGGGGCUGGGUUUCGACGAAGAUUACAAAGUGGUGCAGCUGUUGCAGUGCUCCAAGCACUGUAGUUUGCACGCCAAUAUGUAUUCGGCAAGGACCAAUUCUUGGAGUGAAUUGGAUAUUGAUCGAGAUUUGUUCAUCGUCCAAACCAUAAAAUCGUUGUCCAAGAAUGGGUCCUUUGCGCAUUGGAAAGGUUUCACAAGGGAACGCGAUAAGGAGAUUAUACUGAGCUUUGACAUGAAGAAUGAAGUGUUUCGAACAAUUCCAAUAUCACUAAUGGGUGAUGAAGUACUUGACAACUCAUUUAAGGAGUCUGCGAUACUUGCGAAGGGUGACUACUCUUUUGUUAUCCUCGUUGUAGAUAGAUGGAAGUUGAAGGUUUAUGAGUCGAGCGGUGAUGGAAGUGAGCUUAUUUGGAAUAAUGUCAAUAAUGUGAAUCUAUAUUCUUUUUGGUGGCUCGAUAUUGAGAGGAGUGAUGAUAUUCCAAUUUGGGGGAAUGAUGAUUGUGUGGUUCUAAGAGGUCAUAGAGAGGGUGAAGUGAUUUUGUAUGAUUACCGUGCUCGGAAGUUCAUCAGACGUUUCAAGAUGGGUUGUAUCUCGGUCUCUGAUGAAGAUAUCAUUGAGUAUGUAGGAAGUUUAAUUUCACUUUUGAAGCAGUUUUAG